AGAGUGGAAUGACAUUUAAGGGGCUUCAUUGGCAAGCUAAGGGAUACCAGUCUUCUGUCGAUUGACGAAGGGAUUGCGGAGACCCGGGAUCCUUGUGUCUUCACGUUAUAAUUUCAGACGACAAUUGGGAUGCCUCUGGCAAUCGGCGCGGUAAUACGGAAUGGCGAAAACGCGGUGGCACUGGGCAAGAUCGGUGCCCCUGGCACCAGGCGAGCGGUGCUUGCGGAGCUGUCAAACUUCGUUAGCAAACCGGGCCCGGCCAAGAAAUCUGCGUCCUUCAAGGUCCAGGCUACAAAAAAGCCGAAGCCGGAUUCCCAGGAUCCAGCUCCGCCGGCUGCUGCUUCUCCUGUCCGUCACAAGGAGACACAAGAGGUCGCUGCUGUGGUGUGUGCCGACGUGUCCAUGAACGAAGCCUUCUCAUGCACCCGUUUUGCUGUUGAAGACAUCGAUGAAGGAGACUCUGGCAUGCCUCAGCUGUGUUCUGAAUACGUAACGGACAUUUAUGAGUACCUAAAGGAUCUGGAGGCCGAGUACAUUAUCUGGCCGCGGUACAUGCUGGGCUAUGAGAUAAACGAGCACAUGCGCGCCCUCCUGGUGAACUGGCUGAUCCAGGUGCAUGCGAGGUUCCAGCUCUUGCAGGAGACUCUGUACUUGACUGUUGCCAUCCUUGACCGCUUCCUCCAGGUGCAGCCUGUGUCCAAGCGGAAGUUGCAGCUGGCUGGUGUGGCUGCCAUGCUGAUCGCGAGCAAGUACGAGGAGAUGUGUGCCCCAGAGGUCGCCGACUUUGUCUACAUCACAGACAACGCCUUCUCGAGGGCACAGGUCUGUGAGAUGGAGAUACUGAUGCUGAAGGACCUGAACUUUGACCUUGGUCAUCCCCUCCCUCUGCACUUCCUUAGGAGGGCGUCGAAGGCUGGCAAGGCCGAUGCAGUAAAGUACACACUAGCCAAGUACCUGAUGGAGCUGACCCUGACUGAUUACCACAUGCUGCACUAUCGACCCUCAGAAAUUGCUGCUGCUGCACUGUGUCUCUCCCAGCUUGUUAUUGAUGGACAGCAGUGGUCUGUGACCCAGCAGCAUUAUACUGGCUACGAUGAAGUCCACCUCAAGCCCAUCAUGCAACACAUGGCCAAGAAUGUCGUCAGGGUCAACGAAGGGCUCACCAAACAUGCUGCUGUCAAGAACAAGUAUGCCAGCAGUAAGCUACUGAGGAUCAGUCUGCUUUCUCAGCUGCAGUCCUCAGACAUGAAGAACCUGGCAGCACCACUGCUGAAUGGAUUCUGAGGACUAGUGUUUUUAUUAUUAAUAAUAAAUAUAUACUGUAUAUAUUUUUUAAAUCCAACUUCUGCUCUUUUAUUAUGGAGUUAAUAUUCCAUUUUUAAGUGUGCUAGUUUGUAAUUUUGUUUGUUCAAUAAACAAAUUAAUUUUUUUAAAGGCA